AAUGGUUCAUGUCACCUGGCAACACUGUUUGCCACUCGCUCGUGCACCCAGACAAAACAUAAACAACUCUCGUCUCUGUCUGAUCUAGGCUCUCUUCUAUCUUCCUGUCUUAUUCUUAUUUAGACAAGAGUUUCCGGCUAAAUAGUAGUAAAUAUUUUAUGAAUUUUCGAAUUGUGUUUUUUGUGAUUCACUAUCAAAAAAGAAGAUUCAUCAAUUUAUAUUUCGUUAUUGUAGCAAUUGUAGGAUAUUAUUAUGGCGUUUAUCCUUCCAGAUAAUAUCCUAGAGACUUUACUUUGCAGUUUUUGUCAUAAAUACUUAUCUGUGAAACCCACAAAAGUUUAUCCCAACAGGCUUAUACAAUGUGGAAGGUGUGUUGAUAAGAAGGAACAGGAACAAUCUAUCCAUGAUUUCGAAGCAGUAGAAUCACAAUAUGGAAAAAUUGCUGAAAACAUUUUAUUUAAAUGUGUCAACAGAUUUGAUGGUUGUCGAGAAUUGUUAACAUAUUCCCAAGUGCGACAUCAUGAACAGGUGUGCUUGGAAAAAGUUCACGAAUGUCCAAUUUGUGGUGAAGAAAUGGCGAGUUUUUUUCUGCUUCGACACUUUGAUUCCAACCAUAAGGAUGCUAUAUUGGAUUGUCCCGCGUUUGUUUUCAAGUUAAAUGAUCUUUUAGAAAUGCCUAGUGUUUAUAUAUAUCACGAAGAAGAUAAUUUGUUUUUUCUGUAUAUUAGCUAUACUAAGUCAGAAAAUACAAUAAAAUUAUAUUUGGUUUAUAUUGGGAGUUAUAAACUCGCUAAAAAUAUAUACCACCAAUUUACUGUAAGUAGUAAAAACAAAGAAUUUGAUGUUAUAUUGAACCCAAGACCAUGUACUGAUGAUUUUUUUGUUGUGAAUAUUUCGAAAAUGUCAAAUUUGAUACUGAUUAAGUUUAAAUUAAUUGAUUGCAAUCUAAAAGUUUUGACGGCACCUGAAAUUAGUAAUGCUGUGAGGAAACCUAUAGUCAAAAAUGAUUCACUCGAGAGUCAAAUUGAACACCCAGAAUUCAGUCUCGAUCUAAUAUGUUAUUAUUGCAAAGCGUAUUGCGUUUUUUCAUUGACUGGAUAUCCAGUGAAGGAAUAUUACUAUGACGACGACGAUGAGUAUGUAUGUUACUAUUGUAAUCAGUUUUUUAAAGUUGACACCGAUGGAAUAUCAAUCCCCAUCAACAUACUUGAGACAAUGAAGAUGUUCGCUUGGAAUUGUAGUAAUUGUUGUGGCGAGUUUGAAUUUUCACAUAUGCAGUCACAUGAAAUAAGCUGUAAAUUAGGUAGACAAUAUACUUGCCCUAGAAAAAAUUGUUAUGAAAAAGGAACUGCUAACCAAAUGAUCACACAUUUGAAAGACAGGCAUAAGUAUAUGGGAUUUGGUUCUCACUUUAAACUACCUGUAGAUUUUGAAAGCUGUUAUGUAUUUGUAAGAGAGCAUAUUGUACGUUUACGUAAAACUAAACCUGUAAAAUCCAGUCUUGAGCAUAUCUCUAUUAAAGUGGAACUAAUAACAACUGAAAGUGAUAACACAGACCCAUGUGCUUUGUUUUUUAAUAACAGUAAUGAAAUUUUAACAGAUUAUUCCAAGUUUUCAUCUUACAGUGAAGUAUUUGUAAAAGUUUUUGUAUACUAGUUAUAAAAUAUUAUUAUGUUAUUGCUCGCAAGACCAGGAUUUGAUCCCUGUCAGAGACAAACUUACCCUACAGUGCGCAAUGUUUUUUUUAUAUCAAACCGUGACAUUUGAUUUUAAAAUGGGAUAUGUUAAAUGAGGAAAACAACAAAAAAAUUCUCACAUAUUGUAUAUAAAAUAUACAAAAAAAAUGUCUGAUUCAUAUGUGCAUCAUCACACGUAAGUAGUACUUGUAAGCUAGUAUCUGAUAUACAUACGAAAGUAAUUAAUUUUUGUGGAAUAAUUUAAAACAGUUGUUCUGUUUGUUGAAACAUAAUGCUGUAGAGCAUUUCUCACACACUACAAAUGUUUGUGCUUUGCAACCCCGUCGUGUGUCACCCCAUGUAGGAAAGUUUCUUAUGUUGUCAGUUCCAGUUCGACCAUCUGGUGAAAUCAAAGGUGCUACACUACAUUUCUAUAUAGUACUUUCUAUUUCUAUAUAUACAUAGGCAUAAGUGUAGCUAUAUCUAUUCUAAAUUCAGAUAUGUUCAAGCACUUUGAUUUUUCAAGGUUAGCUCUUUCAUAACAACCAAGCAUUCACAACUGCCAUAUCUAAUAAAUAUAUCAUUUUGUUGAUCUUAUCUUUAUUUUAUUUCGACUCAGAAUACUAUCAAGAGGUCGACCCUUCCCAUAGACGGUUGUACUUUAAUACUACUGCAGGACAAGUUACAUCAAACUUACUUUUUUGCUUCCUAUCAUAUCUUUUUACGGUUUGAAUAGGAUCUGUUCCUUUAAAAUAGGAUAAAAAUACCACCAUUUUAUUGUCUGCCCAAUAAAUAUUGCUUAUUUGUACAUCAUCAUAUUCAGCUACAUAUUCACCUAAGCUUCCUCGUAUCGGUUUUUUGCUCUCCGAUUCCGUUGGGAUUUUGCAUGAUAGAAUUCUAUUUCGUUUUACUGUUCCAAGAGCAUGUCUACCCUAUUUAGCUAAAUAGCAUGUUAUUGUAGUGCAGUAACUGAAGGUGGAUAUGAUCUGUUACCUCCGAUUUCGUUGAACCUCCAUCGAUUUGCAUGAAAAUUGGUGAGUGGUUAGAGGAUAUCUCAAGGAACAAAGGUGACAUGGUUACAACUUGCGCGUUUACCCUGGGAGUGGAUGCCACCUCUUCUCGGGGGUGAAAAUUAUUUUAUUAAAAAAACCCCAUAAUUCGAUAGAGGGACAAAUUCUAAGCAAAAUUAUAUAAAGUUAUUAAAAUAAAUCAAAACUUUUUGAGUUAUUAAAGAUCAAACAUUUUUAUUUUUCGUGAGAAAAAUGUCUAUUUUUCACCGAUUUUUCAUAAAUAACUAAAAAACUAUAAGUUUUUACAAAAAUUAUAAUUACCAAAAUUGAAGCUAAUAAAAAAUCAAAUAAGCUCCUUACUAGAAAAACCUUUUAGACCGGGCAGUAUCGUCGCCCCCGCUAGCGAAAUUAUUCCGAUUCGAUUUUUUUGCACAAACUUACUCAAAAAUAGGUCCUUAUAAUACAUCCACAGGGUACCGGGCGGUGUCGUGGUCGAAAAAUUGUUUAAACGAUUUUUUUUAAACAAAUUCACAAAAAUAAUUUUUUUAUUGCGAACAAUUUUUUUUAGAUAAUUUAUUCUGAGCAAAAAGGUCUCUUGUGAUUUUUCUCUAAAAUUGAUUGUUGUCGAGUUAUAUGGCCAUUUUCGCAUUUUUCAAAUUUUAAAUCGCGUAUAACUCGACAACAAUCAAUUUUAGAGAAAAAUCACAAGAGACCUUUUUUGCUCAGAAUGUCCCAAAUUAUCUUAAAAAAAUUUUUGUGAAUUUUUAAACAAUGUUUAAACAAUUUUUCAACCACGGCACCGCCCGGCACCCUGUGGAUAUGUUAUAAGAACCUCUUUUUGAGUAAGUUUGUGCAAAAAAAUCGAAUCGGAAUAAUUUCACUAACGGGGGCGACGAUACAUCGUGGACUACAGCGCUAAUUGUUAAUAAUUAAAAAUAACAGCUCUGUAAUAAAAUAAUGACAAAAAUCUCUUCGGGACCUUAAAGAAGGGGGUUGAAACUUGAUCUGGUUACUUAUUGAAUUUUAUAAUAAUAAUUUUUAAUCGAGUUAAGCCAUGAAAAUGGCCAUUUUCGCAUUUUUCAAAUUUUUAAUCGCAUAUAACUCGACAACAAUUAAUUUUAGAGAAAAAUUAUAAGAGCCUUUUUUUGCUCAGAGUGACCUAAAUUAUCUAAAAACAAUUGUUCGAAAUGAAAAAAAUUAUUUUCGUGACUUUGUUUAAAUAAAAUUGUUUAAACAAUUUUUUGACCACGGCACCUCCCGGUACCCUGUGGAUAUGUUAUAAGGACCUCUUUUUGGGUAAGUUUGUGCAAAAAAAAUCGAAUCGGAAUAAUUUCGCCAGCGGGGGCGACGAUACUGUCCGGUCUAUUUUAGUGUUAACCAAAAGUGAGUUAUAGGUAAUUGAAUGUAUAUUUUUUUUCGACGAGUACCCAACUCUUAAGUAUUCAAGCUUAAAUAACGAGAAAAUUAUACAUUUUAUAACAUAAACUUAUUAAAUAUUUGCCAAAGUACUUAGAAAUAUCUAUCAAAUGAGUCCCCGAACAAGAUAAUAGCAUUAAAAUUUAUGCUCCAAAAAUUUUCAAAAUUUAUCUUUUAAAAAUUUUUACAAAAAAUGUUAUUGUUUUUUUAAAUAACUCCGUUAAUGUUUACGAUAUCACUGAUAUCAGUUUCACCUAAAAACUAUUUCAAAGCUAAUUCCAAGAAAACUUGUUAAGUUUAAUCUUUUAACCCCUUACUUUUUUUUUAAAUAAAAGGUUAAAUGGCCCAGCUUACAGGGUUUUCGCAGGAAAAUUUAAGCUUUAAACGUUUCUGUCUCGGUUAUUUUUUACCCUACAGAAAUAGUAAAACAGGUAAAAUAUUUGAUACAGAAAUAACUAAAAUUUAGUUAUAUAAUUUAUCAUUUUUUACGUGUAUUGAGUAUUUUUGUAGUUACUCUCAAAAGAAAAUGAAAAUUGCGAUAAUUUAAAAAAUUCUGAUUUUUUAAAAUUAUAUCUUUUUUUUUCAAAAAUAUGCAUUCUAAACCAGUCAAAAUUGUUGACAUCAUUGCUUAUGCCAGUAUAAAAAAAUCUUGUAAGGAUUACUAUAAAUUUUAAUUUUUGUGGAAAUGUUUUCGUUUUCACUUUUUCCUAAAAAAAUCGAAAGGGUUCUCUUAUUUUCAUCAUAACUUGCUUAAUGUUGAUGCUAUUAACUUCUGGAGCUCAUUUGAUAGGUAUUCUGAAGUACUUUGACAAUUGUUUAACAGGUGUAUUUCAUAAAAUGCAUCGUUUUCCCGUUAUUUAAGCUUGAAUACUUAGAUUUGAGUUCUCGUUGAAAAAAUAUACAUUCAAUUACCCAUAACUCACUUUAAAUUAAAUUUAGUUUAGUUCUUUACGUGAGGAGUAUAUUAAGUUUUUUAUUAUCUUCAAUUUCAGUGAUAAUAACUUUUUUUUGCAAAAGCUUAUAGUUUUUGAGUUAUACGUGAAAAACAGUUUUAAAGCAUGCAUUUUCUAAGAAAAAUUAAAAUUUUUGAUGUUCAAUAACUCAAAAACUAUUGCUUUAUGUUAAUAACUUUAUAUAACAAAUUUUUAUUAGAAUUUGUCCCUCUAUCGACUUAUGGUAUUAUUUUUAAGAGGAAACAGUAGCGAUCAACAGGUAGCGAAAACGCGUUCCAAGAUUGCGGCUCUAAUUUUGAAUAUUUUUUCGGGAUAUUUGGCACACGUAUUCGUAAUAUAAUAAAGAAUGGCGGUACAGAGCCCA